AUGUCGGACUCUGUAGAUCGAGUCUUUGUUCAUGCGCUCAAUACCGUUAAGAGGAUUCCCCGCACCGGUACUGCGCGACCUCCCGCUGCCGAGCGGUUGGCACUAUAUGGCUUGUAUAAGCAGAGUAUGGAGGGGGAUGUGGAGGGUGUGAUGGAUCGACCAAUUGGGAAUACGCCGGAGGUGCACGCGGAGUGCGAGAAAUGGGAUGCAUGGUACGCGCAACGCGACAUGUCGCGCACCGAAGCCAAACGCCGAUACAUCUCAACGUUAAUUGACACAAUGCACUCCUACGCCUCGCAAACCCCCGAAGCACGCGAGCUAGUGGCUGAACUCGAGUUCGUCUGGGACCAGAUCAAGUUCAACGCCGCCUCCGAUUCCAGUCCGCUGAAUACCGUCGGCGUCCCGCCCUUAUCGCGCAGUGCGUACGGGAGUAUUGGGAGUCGAUUGGCGAAAUCGGAGGAAUACGACCGUCCUGAUCGACGAGACCAUACCAAACGGGACCGUGAUUCAAGGCUACGGGUGCUUAGCCCUGUGAGUCAACCCGAGGAGGAAGAAUAUUACCGACGGAGGAGGGAUAUAGAAAACAGCGAGAACGGGGAACGGCAUAAUGAGGAUGAAGACGAGGAGGACGAGGAGUUCGAGGAAGCUCGCGAUAGCUUAUACGAAGAACGAGAUCAAGACGACCACGACGACCCCGACCACACUAGCUCCAACUCCAACACACACACACAUACAAAUACAAAUACCGAGGCAUCUUCACAUCAUCGCCCCAAACACCGACGCAACCCAGCCUCAGGUAUUAGUAUAGACAGCAGUGGGAACGGACUCCCGCAUCGCCGAGACUCCCAUUCCCAUUCCCAGUCCGAGCCACCGAAAGACAGUCGCUGGCGCCGCCGUGUCGAGCAGGCCUUGACGAAAAUGACGGCUGAGAUUGCUGCUAUGCGCGAGCAGAUGGAAGCUCGCUCUGUUGCGCAGCGUCGUCGGUCUGGUGUAUGGGCGUGGCUGAAGUGGGUGGUUUGGGUUGCGGUAAGGCAGAUCGUGGUUGAUAUUGCUAUGCUGGGCAUGCUGCUUAUCUGGAUGCGGUUGAGGGGGGAUCGUCGUGUCGAGCAGCGGCUUAAGAUGGGUUGGGCGGCUGUUAAGGCGAGACUUGGGAAGUUGAAGCGUUUGAAGAUCGUGGAUAUGCCUAUCCUGCCAUAG